CGUAAACCUACCAAAAAUACCAAAGUGAAACGAAAUUGGUCAAUUGUAUUUUGUAGUAAAUGUACCCGUAGUUUUAUUUAUGACUAAGUGAAAUUUUUGUGAUUCGUCCUAUCUUUGAGACAUAUCAUUUCCGUCCGUAUAGCAGAGUGGGCGGACGGUGCUCGACCAUGGCAACUGGAAAGGGCGGGCGGUGAAAGUUUGAGGUGGUGUGGGGUUUGUAGAGCGCGUGAGGGCGAGGGUCCGCGGCCCGUGACAUCAUGGGUGUGGGCCUGCAGCCGCUUGAGUUCACCGAGUGCCUGGCGGAUAGUCCUGCCUUUCGUGAGAAUCUGCAGCGCCAUGAGAAGGAGCUGGAACGCACCAGUCAGCAAAUCAAGCGUCUCAUCAAGGAGGUCAAGGAUGUAGUGCAGGCCGCAAAGCGGCUGGGCGCAGCUCAACUGGCGCUGGCGGCGAGCAUGGAGCAGUUCGAGUUCGCGUGCAUCGGCGCCUCGCAGACCGAGGACGAGCGCGUGAUCGGGCGCAGCUUGGCGCACUUCGCCGCGCUCAUACGCACCAUCGAGGACGAGCGCGACCGCAUGCUGGGCCGCGCGCAUGAGCAGAUCAUUCAGCCGCUGGAGCGGUUCCGCAAGGACCACAUCGGCGCUGUCAAGGAGGGGAAGAAGAAGUUCGACAAAAAGACGGCCAAGUUCUGUCAGACGCAGGAGCGCACGCUCUCGCUUUCGGCGCGUAAGCCGGAGAACGUGUUCCAGGAGGUGAGGCCGGCGCCGGCCGCGGGGGGUGGGGCGCCUCGGGAGUACCGCGUGGCCGGCGUGGCCUCCAAGGUGGCGCGCCUCGUGGCCGCGGCCGCCGACCCGCGCCGCCUGCCGCCGCCCGCGCGCCUGCACGACCCCACCGAGUGGGAGUCGCGCACGCUCACGUCGGCGCUCAAGAGCUACCUGCGCGCGCUGCCCGACCGCCUGCUCACGCGCCGCCUGCACCGCCAGCUCAUCCAGGCCGCCAAGUGCGAGAGCCGCGAGGAGCGCGUGGCGGCGCUGCACGCGCUGGUGCGCGCGCUGCCGCAGCCCAACUACGACAUGCUGACGCUGGUGCUGCAGCACCUGCGCAACGUGGCGGCGCGCAGCGACAAGAACCUCAUGUCCGCGUCCAACCUGGCGGUGUGCUGGGGCCCGACGCUGCUGCGCGCCGACACCGACACGGUGGCCUCCAUCCUCGAGCUCAAGUUCUGCAACGUGCUGGUGGAGACCAUGCUGGAGCACUACCGCGACAUCUUCGAGGCGCCGCUGCCGCCCCCCGCGCCGCAGCCCUCCGCCGGCCCCGCCCACAACGGCCUGCUCAGGUACGAGCCAAUUACAAGUAAGGAAACGGGAAUACCAGCUGGAAAUACUGACCGAUCGCGUUAUCUCCCAGUUCGCACUUUAAAAUUGUGCUGCUAUUCUACUAACUUCCGUGCCUUCCACGAGGAAACCGGAUCACCGAGAAGUGCCUUUUCUAUUUUAAACUGUGACGCAUACGAGAGCAGGCGCAAAAUAGAGGAUCAUGGACACGUGAUCAGAAACGAUAGAUACACGCUGCUACAGCUGAUAAUGAUGGACAAAGUGCAACAAAAAAAGCGCGUAGCUUGCUGGGCGAAGGAAGAAAUCGUGGCUGCGGAACGCCCGGGAGUCCGGUUGGCUGCUGAUGGAGACAAAUACAAGAAGCUGUCGGACCGGUCGGUCGACCGCCGCCGUUGGGCACGCCAGACGACAGCCCCGAUGCAGGCGCUAUCCACCGUUCGCCCGCCGCUGCAAGUGACGUCAGUGUAUCUCGGCCGCGCCGCAGUGGACACCGCGCCUACGCCUCUCCCGUUGCCGCUCGUGCGCGAGGAGACGUGCGCCUUUGUUCCGCGCGCGCGCAGAGGCUAUUGUCGGUGGUCGCGUUCGUGUUCAAUGGGGUACGUGCCCGACUCGGGCCGGCCCGCGAUAGACGCCGAGGGAUCUCGCAGGAGCUUGCAUCGUCGCGUCGGCGACGACGGCGCAGAUAAGAAUGCGGUCACAGCUGCGCGCGCGCACCUGCCGAUGCCAUGCCGCAUCGGUGCUAACCGUGAACGCGCUCUAUUCGAGUCUGCAGCUGCCGGGCAGCGCACCGAGGAUCUUAAGGCGUUGGCGGUAAGGUCGCACGCUGCGCACGCGGCGGAGAUAAAGCGAGGGGCAAGUGGAGGGGCGCAUCUCUACCUGCGGGCGGUAAGCGGCGAGGCGCUCGCCAGGUGCUCGCGGCAGGUGCGCACUCGCACACGUGUGCGGCGCGAGCGCAGCUGCCGCGGGGCUCGCCGCUAUAAGGCCUCCCCCGCGACCGCGCCCGGCGAGGCGCGCCCCGACGCGGCGGGCCUGCAGGUGGCCGGCGGCGCGGCCGCGCGCUUCUCGCCGCACCACCAGCAGCUGCUGCAGCAGCUGGUGUGCCCGGCCGGGGCGCCGGCGCCGGCGCCGCCGUACGCGCCGCUGCCGCUGGCGCACGCGCUGCUGCGGGCGCCGCCGCGCGCGCCGCCGUCCAGCAGCUCGUCGGCCGAGUCGGUGUCGUCGCACAACUCGCACGGCGCGUCGCCGCCGCUGGUGCUGCAGGCGCGCGCGGCGCCGCUGCGGUGCGCGCGCGUGCGCACGCUGUACGCCUGCCUGGGCGAGAGCGAGGGCGAGCUGUCGUUCGAGCCCAACCAGAUCAUCACCAACGUGGCGCCGUCGCCCGAGCCCGGCUGGCUGCGCGGCACGCUCAACGGCCGCACCGGCCUCGUGCCCGAGAACUACGUCGAGCCGCUGCCCUGAGCCCCGCCCGGCCCCCGCCCGGCCCCCGCCCGGCCCCCGCCGUUG